GCUCAGCAUCAUCCUCUGAGAAGAUACAUGGAGAUUCAAACAGAAAUUACACCUCAUAUGCGUGGCAUAUUAAUAAAUUGGCUUAUCGAAGUUCAUCUGAAAUUUGACUUGAUGCAAGAGACUCUAUUUCUCAUGGUUACUGUCUUAGACCAGUAUAUUUCCCAAGUAUGCAUCAAGAAAAAUGAAUUGCAGCUAGUUGGCCUCACUGCACUCUUGCUGGCAUCAAAAUAUGAGGAUUUUUGGCAUCCGAGGAUCAUGGACUUGCUCAGUGUAUCAGCCGAGUCAUACACCAGAGAACAAAUGCUGGGAAUGGAGAAGGCUGUUUUAAAGAAGUUAAUGUUUCGCCUAAAUGCACCAACUCCUUAUGUUUUCAUGCUACGGUUUCUCAGGGCCUCCCAAGCAGACAAAAAGUUUGGACAUCUAGCAUUUUUCUUGGUCGAGUUGUGCUUGGUUGAAGAUGAAGCUCUGAACUACAAACCUUCUCUGAUAUGUGCAUCGGCUAUCUACGUCGCACGGUGUACAUUGCACAUGACCACAACCUGGACGCCCAUGCUUGAGAGUCACGCACGCUAUGAAGAAUCUCAACUUAGGUAUAUAUAUAU